AAAAAGGCAGAUAGAUGUACAAGUAAAUAACAUGUUUAUAAAACAGGUGAAAACAAAACAAAAGACAGAAAGUGCAACAUCAGUGACAAAGCCUGCUGGCUUUGGGUUCUGGUUUUGGAUGAGUGGAGUGCUUCUCAGGAAUCUUUUUCUCUCUAUCUCACGUUUUUUCUUUUUAAUUUCUUUAUUCAGUCUGUAAGUUUUUGUGUGGCGUUUGAUCACUGAUCUUCUCUUUGUUAGCAUCAAUAAGCAAGCAAAGAUAUCGGUUUUUGCAACUUGAAUUUGGAGAGUAGCCAUAUUAGUUCAUUUUAAGGUUCUGGUAGCUAAUCCAUUUUGAAACCUGCCUCUCUUUCUUUGUACCCCCUGUCAUUUUCAUUCAUCUUCCAAGUUCAAGCAAAGUAGGGUUCAAAAUAUAUAUAGAUCUCAGGAUUUUCUGUCAUCUAUUAUGAAGUUGAUGUACAUGUGAAGAGAUACAUAUAAGGGGAGAGGUGAAAGGUUUUGUGAUGGAUGUGAAUAUUCCCAAUCGGACUUCAACAAAUCAAGAACCUUUACCAAAGAAGAAGAGGAAUCUUGCAGGGAACCCAGACCCAGAUGCAGAAGUGAUAGCUUUGUCUCCCCAGUCACUGCUCGCAACCAACAGGUUUAUGUGUGAUAUCUGUAACAAAGGGUUUCGAAGAGACCAGAAUCUUCAGCUGCAUAGGAGAGGACAUAACUUGCCAUGGAAACUAAAGCAAAGGACCAACAAGGAGGUGGUGAGGAAGAAGGUAUACGUGUGUCCAGAGACAACCUGUGUGCACCAUGACCCAUCUAGGGCUCUUGGGGACCUCACGGGGAUCAAGAAGUACUUUUGCAGAAAACAUGGCGAGAAGAAAUGGAAAUGUGAAAAGUGUUCGAAGCGUUACGCUGUUCAAUCCGACUGGAAAGCUCAUUCCAAAAUUUGUGGCACCAGAGAGUAUAGAUGUGACUGUGGAACCCUCUUCUCCAGGAGGGACAGUUUCAUCACACACAGGGCGUUUUGCGAUGCUUUGGCUGAGGAGAGUGCAAGGGUAAUUACAGGUGCAAACCCAGUACUUGUCCCCUCACAGCAGCCUGGCUCUUCUGUUUCGAAUAUAAAUGAGAUGGAUCUGCAACACCAACCAGCUCAACUCCAUAGCUGUACCUUCCAUGUGAAAAGAGAGCAAGACCAUAUUUUCAAUGCAAGAGUAGCAUCUGGGACUGUUUCCCAUUCAUCAUCACCAUUUCUUUUAGGCCACCCAUUGCCACAGAACGAAAACCCUAGCGAAAACCCUAGUUCUUCUAUCGCACUCCCUUCAUUCCGGACUCAACCAGCUUCUCCACACAUGUCUGCAACUGCACUCCUGCAAAAAGCAGCUCAAAUGGGUGUAGCUAUGAGCAAACCCUUACAAUCAUCUGUACCUUAUCACGACCACCACUACCACCAGGUUCACAUGUAUGGAACCACAACUUUUGCCACGUCUACGCCCAGUUUUGGCCUGGGUUUGUCCCCACGUGAAGAGAUUGGAAGUGAGUUCACCAGUGGUGGAUGGACAUAUUUUGGGAAUAAAGCAGCUCCUAGUUCUCAAUUCCAUGAUAUGGUGAGCUCUUUAUGUUCUACAAGUGAGCUUGAGGGAUCUUCAUCUUUUGAACAGUCUCUCAAUGGGACAAUAUGGAACGCCAAACGAAACGACAUUGGUUUCCAAGAAACCAUCGAUCCUAAUUUCUCAAAAACAAAAGAAUACCAAGUCAGAACGGCCGAUCAUGAAGUUAAAGCAAGUGGUAGCAGUAUAGGAGGGAACGAUGGGUUGACAAGAGAUUUCUUGGGUCUUAAAGCUUUCCCUCAGAACUUAGCACCUAUAAAUUCUUCUUCAACAUACGGGCAACACAGUCACCACGGUCAAACGCCAUGGCAAGCUUAGGUUGUGUUUUCUUAAUUAAGUUUACCAUCAAAAGAUCAGAAAUUUGGAGACAUGU